AAUGGCUCCGCUCCCUCGUUGCGUUUGAUAAGUGUGGCCGGCCCUGUGUCCUCCCCUCAUCGGAAAGUGAGGAUUAAUUGCCACUCUCAGCCGGCUCCGCGCUCUGAUUGCCACUCUGACGCCAGCCCCGCCGGCAGCGGCUCUCGCCUUUCUACGAGCUCACGUGAGGUGCCCCACCGUCACGCAAGACGAUGGAUGACACGCUCAGCUCGCUCAAAAGAGGGCCAUGGGCGAGCCACAGCCUGUCUUCCCAUGACUUCCUCAUGAGAGGUGGUUUUUGGAGAGUGAUGGAGAGAGAGAGGAGCAGACGGAGGCCUUCAUCACAACGCCCGGCCUCUUCCUGUCGUCAAACUGCCGGGCUCUUCCUGCCAGGGAGGAGGCUGGAGGCGUUGCACCAACUCCCCCCUCCUCAGCCUCACCCAACCGGACUCCUUCCCCAUCCGCUUAGCGUGUCCGUCUCCGGAGCCUCUACACUUGGACCCUGCGAAGCUAUGGCCAUUCUGAAGACGACAUACCCUCUAGUGCUCAAGCACGACAGACAGGGAGCAGAGCUACCUCGCCCCCAGUUGCGAGCAGGAGGGUUCAAAGAAUGAAGGUGAUUUGACUCACCGCCAUUGCCGUGCUUCUCGCCACCAGAGCCAGAACGGCGGAUUUUCCGUCGACGGGCAGACCAUUCAUAGCAGUCCGGGUGUGAGGGAGAUCAUGCCGUCGUAUUGGUAUUGGCGGCAUGUGGCUGAGGAUGGCGUGUGGCGCUGGCGGUCCGUCAGACACGAGGUCAGCUGAAUGGAUGAUGACAGCACUCGAGAGGCGGCUCCCUUGAUGCAGCCGCCGCAACAACUGUUGCUUUCUCUGCUUGGUCUGUGUGCAGGUGAGGAUUGCUGUGGUUCCGGUUCCUCAGGAGGGCUGGUCCUACCGACUCACCUACCAAAGCGGGCAGCCACCCACCACACACGACAAACAGGUCGGUGGCAGAGACGACACACCUGGCUGCAUUCCCAUCCCCUCUGUGUGUGUGCUGUCAGCCAUGGCAUCGUCUGUCCCGCGGUGCACUCGUGUGCAUCUUCGGCUACCUGUACCCAUGGGAGCUCGAGCGGCUGGACGCCUCGCUGGGCGCCCCGCUGUUUCUCCUCGCCCCCGCCCACUACUCACACCUCGCCAUCGACCCAUCCGAUGCCGAGGCCGCUCGCCAGUGGGCGCACAUGCGCCCUUCCGUUGCUGUCCAGUGGGGCAACCGAGCGGUCAACCUCCGCACAAUCACCCAGAAGCAGCCCCGCAACGGUAUCUGCCUGCAAUCCGGUGUCGGCCUGGGCUGGUGUGUCGUGACGAUGGUGUGUUUGGUUGAGGGCCACGCGCGCAGUCGGGCGGCCAUGAUCGAGAGGCAGUAG